ACCUAAUCUUCAAAAUAGACUAUUAAUUUUAUAAUUGUAAAGUGAUAUAUUAUUUACACGUCUAACACAGAUACUUUUAUAUCUUAUCUAAUAAAAAAUAUAUUAUCAAGAAAUAUAUACAAGUUUGCACGGGCGUACAUAUUGGAAACUGAAUUUCAUACAUUUACAUAUUGCUUUUAAAUGCUAAAAAAAUAAUUCAUAGAAAUGUUUUUUUAUAAAAGAGUAUAAUGAUAAAAUUUAUACUCCUUUUAAAAAAAAUUAUUGUGUUUUAUCAAUCAGUCAAUAUAUAUGUCACUGCAAUUAAGUAAGAACGUCACUAUAAAGAAAAAUUUAUUUAAUAAAAUGUGUUUUAUUAUAAAGUAUAAUAAAUAUUAAAUAACAAGUUUCUCUUUCAUUUAUUCUCUCAGAAUUAGGCAAGAUGGAACUUAUAUUUUUUGGCUAACAGAUCGUAAAAUAGUAUAUGGUAAGAAAAUUAUAUUGUUUUUCUCACAGUUGCUCAAUUACUUACGUAACCAGAUCAUUAAAGAAAUUGUUUUUACAUGUCGCUUAUUAUUUGAGAACAUUUUAUAAGUUAUAUUUUUCUCGAUCGAUUUAAUUGCUUGAUAAACGUUCAACUUGCAUCUACUGAAUGCAGCUAUUUUUCAUCACCACAAUUGUUUUUCUUUAUUACAUACAAUCAUAACCCAAACUAGCGUACAAAAUUUUGGCAUCCAAAAUGUCUUGACACAUAUUUAUAUCGAACCUUUUGGAAGGGACGUAAAUAUGAAUCACAGAGAUGCAUUUGGUAACAAAAUUAAUAAGUAAUGAGAGAUACACGGAAUAAGAGAUACUUUUGUAAUUAUGACUUUACCACUAUUUAGCUACCACUUCCCGUCAUAUGUGAAAGACAGUUUUAAUAAUGAAGUAAAUAUAUUGUGGUAUCACCCUGAAUUUACGCAAAGCCGUUACCCACCAGGACAGAAAAUAAGUGAAGCCUGUACACUCAUAUGUUUGCUUGUGGCUGUACGAAUAUCAAGAGGAAAUCUAUCGAUUUAUGAUAUAGAAAAUUGCCCGAAGUUAAAUAUUAUUAUGGCAGAGGCAAUGAUAGAGGGUAAUGCAACUCAUGCGUGGCUUGUUAAGAAGAGACUUGUCUCACAUCCAUACUUGAAUACCGAAGAUGCUUUAAAACAUGGGGGCAAGAGUUUAAACAUAUUGAAAGAAUGGAAAUUCAAUAUCUUUCACGAGGAGAUAGAAACAAGCCUUUACAAAAAUAUAAACACAUUUCUAUACGAGUGGUAUAAAGCUCCGAAAUCUCAUACUUUAUUUAUGCUGCUUAUCACUUGCGGACGUACUAUAUUAUUUAUAUUUCAAGAGAAUACCAGUAAGGUCACUGUGUUCGAUUCGCAUAGUCAUACCACUAUUAAUCAUUCAAAUCAUGGAUUAGUCAUAGCUCAGACGACUAUUGAUAGAUUGGAAUCGUUAUGCAACUGGUAUAUUCAGGACGUAUUAAAGAAUUGUUACAAUAUACAAGCUAAUAAAUACGAAUUAGCUUUCUUAUAUUCCUACGGUGCACAAUGCAGUGGCCCUAAUGGAGUUUCAUGCGAAUGUAAAAAAUCUCAUAAAUUGUAAUCACAUUUUUGUAACUAAACACUAAC